AUGUCUCUGGCCUUUGAUGAGUACGGCCGCCCCUUCCUUCUAGUGAAGGAGCAGGCAAAUAAGGAGCGUGUGACUGGCGUGGAGGCUCAGAAGGCAAACAUACUCGCGGCCAUAAGUGUAUCCAACGUCUUAAAGACUAGCCUAGGUCCACGUGGAAUGGACAAGAUCCUUGUCACACAAGAUAACGAGGUUGUCGUUACCAACGAUGGGGCCACCAUCAUGGACCUCAUGGACAUUGACAACGAGAUCGGGCAGCUUAUGGUGGAACUCAGCAAGUCGCAGGAUUCUGAGAUCGGUGACGGUACCACUGGUGUUGUUUGCCUCGCUGGUGCUCUGUUGGAACAAGCGUCUGGCCUCCUUGACAAGGGGAUCCACAGCUCUCGCAUCUCUGAGGGGUUUGAGAAGGCAUGUGAAAUUGCCUGUAAGCGGUUGGAGGAGAUCGCAGACACCGUGCCCGUCAGCCGUGAGGAAUACAGUUAUUUGCUGCAAACCGCGCGCUCAACACUCAACUCGAAGGUGGUAAACCGUGACCGUGAUCGGUUGGCAAAGAUAUGUGUUGAUGCGGUUCUUUCGGUCGCAGACAUGGAACGCCGUGACGUCAAUCUCGAUCUAAUUAAGAUGGAGGGUAAAGUCGGUGGAUGCCUUGAGGAAACAUGCUUAGUGAACGGCAUCGUCAUUGACAAGGACUUCUCCCAUCCUCAAAUGCCCAAGGUGCUGAAGAAUCCAAAGAUUGCCAUCCUCACAUGCCCAUUUGAGCCCCCGAAACCCAAAACUAAACACACCGUGCACAUUUCGAGUGCCGAGCACAUGAAAGAAAUUCACGAGCAAGAGCAGGAAUACUUCCGCAACCAGGUCAAACUCUGCAAACAGGCGGGGGCAGACCUUGUCAUCUGUCAGUGGGGAUUCGACGAUGAGGCAAAUUAUCUUCUCUAUCGUAACGAUCUACCAGCUGUGCGUUGGGUGGGUGGUGUAGAGCUUGAGAUGAUCGCCAUUGCGACCGGCGGAAGGAUUAUUCCCCGCUUUGAAGAUCUUCAGAGCGCCAAGCUUGGAACCUGUGGAACGGUGCGUGAGGUCGGGUUUGGAACCACAAAAGAUCGUAUGAUCUUCAUUGAGGAAUGCCCAAGCAGCAAGGCUGUCACGAUCUUCAUUCGUGGUGGUAACAAAAUGAUGAUUGAGGAGGCCAAACGUUCUCUUCAUGACGCCGUUUGCAUGGUCCGCAAUCUCAUUCGUGACAACCGUAUCGUAUAUGGUGGUGGAUCUGCGGAGAUAGCGGCCUCAAUGGCUGUGCUUAACUACGCCGAUACGGUUUCCACAGUCGAUCAGUACGCUAUUCGGCGGUUUGCGGAUGCCCUUGAGUCGAUUCCCAUCAACUUAGCCCUAAACAGUGGAUUGGAACCCAUCAAAUGCCUCUCGCGUGCUCGCAUUGAGCAAGUGGAGGGGAAGAACCCCUAUGCCGGCGUGGACUGCAUGGAUAGUGGAACACUUGACAUGAAGAAGCAGCAGGUGUUCGAAACACUUCAGGGGAAGUGCUCACAACUCCGGCUCGCCACGCAGGUUGUGAAAAUGAUUUUGAAGGUUGAUGACGUUAUCGUAACAAAGCCCGAAGAGGAGGAAUAG